AUGAAGGUAAUGUAAACUCAUUAUUAUCUUAUUUAUUUAUUGUGUAAAUUUUAUUAUAAAGAAAAUGUAUAAAUUUUGAGAUGUAAAUGGAUUAAAUUAGAAAUACACAAUAGCCACAUAAAAUUUGAGUUAUUUAUUUUUUAACUUUAUGAUCUUCGUUGUUACUGUUCUAAUAAUUCUCAACAACAAUGUAAUUUAUUCUCCCGUAACUUCUUGAAAAAUAGGUUAAUUUAUUUUACUAUUAAUAGUAUUGUUUUAUUUACCUACAAUUACUAAACAAUUGCAAUUGUAUAAUAUAUUAUUAAUAUAGUCCACAUAAAAAUCUUAUAUUUUUUUAAUGUUGAUAUUUAAAUAUAAAGCAUGUAAAUAAUAUUGUAAAAUUAAAUGAUUUAAUUUAUUAAUUUUUGAGUAUGGACCAAAGAUUUUUAAAAAAAAUAUUAGAAUUGUUAAGAUUUUCUAAAAUUGCCUAUAAUACCUGAAUAAUAAUAUUUAACUUGAAUUAUAAUUAGCUGCAUAUGAUUUUUGGUUAAAAUUGCAUAAUAAUCAAUAAUAUAUGGUAUUAAAAUUAACAUUAAAAAAUAUGAAAUUCGAAAAAGAUCAACUGUUAAUGACAUUAAACAUAAUGUAUUUAUUGAUGUUAGCUUAAUUACUGCAUUUUGUAGUUUUACAUUAAACCAAAAGUUUCAUUAUACUAUCUCUUGUUUUAUUUUUUUCUAUGUUAAGAAUAAUAUUUAUUUAUUUUGCAACUAAUUAUUUACAAUCCCAAGUAUUUUUACUGUUCAUUAGUAUAUACUAGCCUAGGAACUAAUAUUUAUUGACACAACUAUAAUAACAGUAAUUAUCACAUUAUUAUUACUUAUUAAAUACUUUCCAUACUAAUGUAUUUUUCAAAUUUCUAAAACUAGUAUCAUAAUUGGUUUAUUUAUGUUUUCUUAGUUGAAUAUUUCUUAUCCAGCCACGGGCAGUCAAAAGCUCUUUGAAAUUGUAGAUGAACACAAGCUGCGUGUAUUCUAUGAAAAACGUAUUGGAACUGAAGUUGAAGUUGACAUUCUUGGUGAUGAAUGGAAGGGUUAUAUUUUGAAAAUAUCUGGUGGCAAUGACAAGCAAGGAUUUCCCAUGAAACAAGGUGUUCUGUCUACUGGUAGAGUUCGUCUAUUAUUAUCCAAGGGACAUUCUUGUUACCGUCCCCGUAGGGAUGGAGAACGCAAAAGGAAGUCUGUACGAGGAUGUAUUGUUGAUGCCAAUCUCAGUGUUUUGUCACUAGUUGUUGUCAAAAAAGGAAAACAGGUAUGUAUUCUAUUAUUUUUUACAAUUUUUUUUUUUUUUUUUUUAUGAAUCCGCAUUUUCCUGUUAAUUCAUACUAUUACUAAUGUCUUAACAUCGGAAUGACGGUACAUUAAUUUGCACUUAAAGUUUUAAGAGUGUUUAUUGUUAAUCAUUCUUAGUGUAUAAGUGAAAUAUUAUAGUAUUAUAAAAAAAACUUUUACAAUGAAAUACCAACAGUUUUUUCCUCAGACAUUUUCAUGUUGAUAUAUUUAAAUUAUUUUUCAACAUUGGAAUGUCGGAAAUGUAAUUUUUGUAUAAUGUUUUGUGAUUGAUGAUAUUAUUAUUGGUUAUUGUUUUUAUAAAUUUAAUAUAUUUUAUCUAAAUUUUGUAGUCUUCUCUUAUUAUUAACCAAUGCCGAGGUUCAUUCAAAGUUUUAUGUUUAAAUAACAUGGGAAUUUCGAUAAGCUAUUAAUGUUUGAGGUUCUGAAACAAUUAGAAUAUGAUGAAAAUGAUACAACAUUUUAAAAUGUAUUAAUAUUAAACAAUAAUAAUAACAAACUCAUUCAAAUUUCAGUUCAAUUUAUUUAUAAACAUAUAAUUACAAAAUGUUAAAUAAUAUUUUUAUUUUUUUGUCAUUAUAUAAUAAUUUACUGUAUAAUUAGUAUUUGUUUUUUAUUAUAAAUGAUACUUAAUAUUUACAAUACUUAAAAAGGCAAUGUCGAUUCCUAAAGUUAAUAUAAGUUUGUCUUUGUUUUAGAGCAACGUAUAUUUUAUAUUACUACGAAAAACAUUAAAUGAAUAUAUUUCAAAUAUUCUUUAAUUGUAUGCAUUUUUCGAAGUAAAUUUAUCAUAAAUCAUUGAGAAAUUCCUAUUGUAAUCUCAUAUUUUUACAUACUAAACCAUUCAUAAAUUAUUUAACUAAUUAAAUAGUUACCAAAUUAGUCAUGAUUAAUUGUUAAAUAGAAAGAAAGUUGCCAGUAAAGUAAAGUAAAAAAAUAUAUAAAAACGAUAAAUAUUCAAUUACUGUGCAUAUGUGAGAAUUUCAAAGAAUAUUCAUCAUAUUUUAAGUUUUUUAUGGACUGUUAAUAAUAUUAACGACUUAUUGAAAUUCCCAUAUAUUUUAAAUUUAAAACUUAAAGUAAUUUCUGAUAUGAUUAAAAUUAAAUGUUAUGUUUUACCUGCAUGUGGUGGCAUUCAGCCGCGCAGCAUAUCAAAUUUUCUUUCAAUAGGGACAACUUAUUGUUUUUAGUUUUGAUAUAAGUGUGAGUUGCCUGGCCUAUUAUCAAACUUAAAGAUAUUGGACAUCAUCUGUGUGUCUUUUAUGUGAAUCACAAUUUAUUAAAAAUGCUUAUAAAUUAAUUUUUAAAAAACAAUGAAACUACAAUUAUAAUGUGUGUGGUAAUAUCUUAAAGUUUGAUAAAAGGUCAAUUCACUUUAAUAUAAAAACUAAAAGCACAACAUUGUCCUUGCUGGUACUAUAUCCUCUUAAAGAUAAUUUUUACAAUGUGUAGAAAUAAAAAAUGUAUGUUGGAUUAAAAAUAACAGCUAUCCUAUUGUGCUAAUACCUUUUUAGUAUUUUAAGAGUACAAAAUUUUCUUUGAGACCCGAUAUUUUCCUGUUGGUUUAUUUAAAAUAAUAUUUUGACAUCGGAAUAUCGGAAAAGUAAUUUUCGUCUAUUGUUUUAAGAAUGAUCAUUUUUAUUAUUGAUCAUUUUUAGUGUUUAAACGAUAUAUAUUUUUUGAAAGUUAAAUUUUUCAUCAUUUAUUUACAUUUUAUAAGAAACCUUUGUACAGAUUUAAAUUUUUAGACUAAGGUGUUUGGGCUGUGUCUUGAGCAUUGAUAGUUUCUUCUCCUUGGUGCAUAUCUUAAAAUUUGACAAUAUGAGAUUAUUUUGAAUAUUGAUAAAAGUAGAUUCUUCCAUAGUUGUUUUAUCUGGGGGAGUGAGAUUAGUGGUAUCAUGUAAAUCUAUUAUUUUCUAAAAGGCUUUUUGAAGACCAACAAAAACUGAGAUAUGCACUUUAAGAAACUAUAUUAUUUAUGUUAAAUUAAAAAAUAAAAAUUGUUUUUAUUAAAACCAAAGAUUUUCUAUAAAUAUAUUUUGGUGUUUUAAAUUACUGAUAACCUUCUAACAAUAAUUAUUAUUGGUGAAAUGUUUAAUACCAUUAUAUUAUUAUUGAUAAGAUUAAAUUUGUAUACAAUUUAUUUUGGAAUUUAUAUUUUGAUAAAAUUUUAUUAACUAAUAUAUUGUUAGAAUAUAUCUAACACGCAAGUGCCCCUGGGUUAAAUUUACUGAUGAAUAAAUAUUGUUAUAAAUAUUUGUAACACUACCAUCUUUGAUCUAUUUUAGAGAUUAUGUAAAAUAAAUUUUUUAUUUUUAAAGAAAAACUUAAAAAUUGAAUGGAACAAAAAUAAAUGCAUGCAUUAAUUCUUGAUUUCAUGCACUAUAUAUAUUGAGGCAUUAUGUACUAAUUAUUUACAUUAACUCUAAAAUGAUUUUUAUUUUAAUUUUUAAUAAUUAUUUUAGGAAAUUGCUGGAUUAACAGAUGUACAAGUUCCAAGGCGACUUGGACCCAAACGUGCUAAUAACAUCCGUAAGUUAUUCAACUUGCAAAAAGAAGAUGAUGUACGUAAAUAUGUGAUUAAAAGGCCUUUGGCAUUAAAGGAAGGAUCAGCAAAGCAAAAGUUUAAGGCCCCGAAAAUCCAACGUCUUAUUACUCCAGUUAGACUUCAAGUAAAUAAUUUGAAAUUAAAUAUUAUUAUCUAAUACCUGUGUACUAGCAUAAAUAAUAUAAUUUUAUUUUUAAUAUUUAUGUAUAGCGUAAACGUCAUAUGCUGGCACUCAAGAAGAAACGUUGUUUGAAACGCAAAGAACAAGCUACUGAAUAUGCUAAGCUUCUUGCGCAUAGACAAAAGGAAAAAUUAGCCAAGAAACGGGCAGAACAGACUCGCAAACGUACAUUGUCCCAAUCAUCUGUUUCUAGUUCUGGUACAAAGAGCAGCAAAAAAUAA